UCUUCUACUUCUCUGUCCUUUCAAUUGCUCAACAUAUUUUCGAACGCACAAAUCCGAAAGAACCAUUUUAGCAAUGCGAUAAAAGCGAGACAAAAAGAAACCCUAACUCGUUUCCGAAACUUUCCUUCAUUUUCAUGGCGACUCAAUCGGGCGCCAAAGGUUAUUCAACUCCGUCGCCGAAUUCAUCUGAAUCUUUCAUUGGUUCCUUCAUAAGCUUGAUUUCUAAGCACGAGAUUCGCUAUGAGGGUGUUCUUUGUUUCCUUAAUGUCCAAGAUUCUAUCAUCGGAUUGAACAACGUUAGAUCCUAUGGAACAGAGGGGAGAAGAAACGAUGGUCAACAAGUACCUCCAAGUGACAAGGUUUAUGAUUACAUUCUUUUCCGAGGAAGUGACAUUAAGAAUUUGCAGAUCAAGUCCCCCUCCACAUCUGCUAGGGCAGAAGAACAGAUAUUUAGUGAUCCAACUAUUAUUCAGUCACAACAUACUGGGGUGCUGAGUUCUCCAGCGGCCUCAGUUUGCGGGAGAAGUUUGACAGAAUCAAUUCAAAGGCAAGAUAGUACUGCUAAGUCAAGUAAAGCCCUUCCUGUUGGGUUGCCUUCUCAUCAGUCUGUAACCGAGCUUGGCCCUUCAAAUCAAUCUGCUGCUAGUCAAGGUUCUAGUCAUCCAUCUUUUUCUACAUCAAUGUUUUGGCAAGGACACAGUGGAACAUCAAGCAAUAGCUCUCAUUCUUUGCUACAACCUAGUUCUAUUCAGCCCAUGUCAAUGGUAUCAUCCUUUGCUAUGCAGAAUCUAAAUCAAACAGCAGAAACUCAGGAGCCGACAAAAGUGGGAUGGACAAUUUCAUCAGAGUAUGGUGUACCUGUAUCUUCUGCUACAGCUUCUAUUGUAAAUCCGACUCGAUCACUUUCUCCAACCUCUUUACAAAUUUCUGAUUCUCUUGUUAUACCAUCUUCUUUGUCUACUACGUCUACGCCUAAGACAUCUAUGCCUUAUUCUGUGUCCUUGACUACUGAUGGAUCAAACAUGUCUUCAUUUUGUUCACCACUCCAAGACAUAAUUUCUGGGGAAGGUCGAAUAUCUGGAAAGAUUUUUCCUCAGCCAAGUCCAAAUUAUCCUCGACAUUCUGUCCGUAAUCCCAGUUCUUCAUUUGUGGAUUCUACUUUUGGUCUCUUGCCAACAUCUCAACCUUUGUUAACUUCAAAUCAAUUUGCACAUCACAGAGAACAGUUAUUAACACAUAAUUUGAAUCCUAAUUGGAAGGGUAUAGAUUCACCAGUUCUAACUCCCUCUCGCUCCUCUGUACUAAUGCCUUCUCCUGCAUCUCAAGCACCAUUACUGCCACUACCAACUUCUAUGCAAAAGGCUCACUACCCAGUUUCACAGUUCACUGAAGAUUUUGAUUUUGCCGCUAUGAAUGAAAAGUUCAAAAAGGAAGAAGUAUGGAGUUCUCUUGGAAAGGCAACCACAAAAAUAGAAAGGGUGGAAGAUUAUGCUUUUUGCAAUUUGGGUGACAGAGAAUUUUCCAACCUGAAGUCUGCUUACAAGAAAGAUGACUUUUUUGACACAAUUUCUUGCAACUCUAUGACUGGUGGAUCAAGGAAUGGACAAAAUCAUUUAUCUGCAAGAAUAAAACAGGCUACUGAGAGAUUUGGCGAUUUCCACCAGAGGCCUAAUGUGGGUUAUGGUGACUAUGGCGCUGGUCAAGGUGAGAAUUUCAGGGGCUCACAUUAUUUGGGAAGAGGCUAUGGAAAUGGUGGGAGAGGGCGUGGACCAAACUUUCCUUUCUAGUGGUGUCCAUGUUUUAUGUUAACCUCCUGUCUUCCGAAAGUUUCUGCUAAUUUUUCAUCUGUUUCUGCUUUAUCUUUGGCUUUAUGUCAAUGGUGUGGUGUUUACAUGAUUUGGAGCUUUCAUGCCUGAGUGCUGGAGUGUCAACCUUUCAAUUACAGCCAAGUUCAUGUUUUAUUUUUGGGCUCAUGAGCUGGUGUUUGACGUCUACUUUCAAACAAUUACUGUCUAUAUGUCUACAAAGCAAUCAGUAGACAGGGGAACUAUGGAUAAUUUUUUCCCAUGCCUAACUGUUAAAAAAUGUUAUCAUUUCCUAGUUUUCAAUUUUUAUAAAUUGAGGUGUACAUAUCCGUUAGUAAGCAGUUCAAGCUACCUUGGCAGAUGACAGGAUUCAUACUAUUGAUAUAUGCUAAUUAUAGUUUUUAGAUGCCGUGGUUUUAUUUUUCUUGUUUGACACAACUCUAUAUUUCAUAGUGAUGUUUCUUGUGUGAGUAA